GUGGUGGUGCAACAACAUGAAAAACUACACUUGCCUUCUGAUUCAGGUUGAAAUGGCGUGAAACAACUAAAUUUGGAACCGAUUCAAAAACCUCGUGUCGGAAGCCGCAGUCAGUUUACGUCAUAAGUGUACUUACCUUGUUCAAAACAAAGGAUCACUGAUUCACUGUUUAUUUUCAAGUAUAAAGACAGUGACACAUUUAUUUUUGUCUACGCAAUCUCAAAGAGUUAGUCCGUCAUUAGUUCAGCUUCGUAAAUUGUAAUUGAUAUUACUUUUUAUUAGUUUUGCUUUGGAUUAAGAUUAUUUGUCUGACGAAAAAAAGGUGUAGGAUUCAUUUCAAGAGCUACAGGAAUUUACACAGAAUGGGUUAGUUCGCUUACAAUAGCGUUAACAGCAAUUACAAGAAAAAAUAUUAAGAUUACCAGGAAAAGUACAUAAGCUGAAUAAGGAAACAAGGAACUAAGCCCAGUAAAUAUAUGGAGAAGAAAUGAUAGAAAUUUUGUCCAAGUGAAACAUACAUUCCAAUAUAAUCUCACACUAAUACUUGACGAUGGCAUCAGCAGGAGGAAGCUCUGGACCCGGUGGAGAGGGGGGACCAUAUAAAAGGUUUCCACCACCACCAUCUCCAAAAUUUGUGCCUAGAACUGACAAUGAAGAACCGCUCACUCCUGACACAGAGGAUCAUGUGCAGGAACAGACUGAAGGGAUUUUCAAAAAUUUUAUUUAUCAGAGACUUCAGGAUGAUCAAAUGAAAAAUCCGGGUGAUUUAGAGACACCAUUUGUGCCUGAAUUGACAAACUUUCACGAUGCUCCUCUCAGUGCCAAUGCACAGAUAGGCAGGCGGCUAGCACUUAUAGGAGAUGACAUCAAUAGGAAAUAUGAACAUGAGUUCAGAGACAUGAUACAGGCGCUCAGGAUCACUCCAGACACAGCUUAUGAAGCAUUUGCAGGUGUGGCCAGAAAACUUUUUGUAGAUGGCCGUAUUAACUGGGGAAGAAUAAUCACACUUCUGUGCUUUGGGUACAGAAUGGCCAUUGAAACACUCCAUAGAGGUUUCAGGAGUUUUGUUCAAAAGAUCGUCCAGUUUGUCGUCAAGUUUAUUGCAGUGGAAAAAAUUGCCAAAUGGAUUGCAGAACAAGGUGGCUGGGCUGCUGCCCUAAGAUAUGUCCCAGAGACCGUGGGGAUGCCUGUAUUUAUGGGAAUGGUGUGCAUCCUGGUAACAGCAGUAGCAGCAUGGUAUUAUUUUAAAAAGAAGUGAAGUCCAGCAAUAACAAUUUACACAUCAGUAUUGACAUUUAAUGUAUACUGGGAAGAAACUUGUUUUGUAAAGAGCAUUUUUAACUGAAGAAUCUGCGCAAUAUGACAUUUGGUU